GCGGCACAGAGCGGUCGGUUUCUCCUUGGACGGGAAAUGGGUCAGAGGGAGAGGAGGAGAGCUGUUUGAAUUUCUAAAAAGCACAGAAAGUACUGCUCACUCGCGACGAGAGGUGCCUAAUAAACAUCGCAGAAAGAUUAACAGAAGAAGAUGAAGCGCGAUGUGCGGAUCCUGCUGUUAGGGGAGCCCAAGGUGGGGAAGACCUCUCUCAUUAUGUCCUUGGUAGGAGAGGAGUUUCCUGAGGCGGUUCCCUUGCGGGCUGAGGAGAUCACCAUACCUGCAGAUGUCACACCUGAGAAAGUGCCCACUCAUAUAGUGGACUACUCUGAGACUGAGCAAUCAGAAGAAGUGCUGAGAGAAGAGAUUGUUAAGGCUAACGUUGUAUGUGUGGUGUAUGACGUAACGCAGGAGGAAACCAUCGACAAGAUCAGAACUAAAUGGAUUCCUCUUGUGAACGGUGGAGCUGAAAAAGGCAGCAAGAUUCCCAUCAUACUUGUCGGCAACAAGUCUGAUCUGCGGUCUGGCAGCUCCAUGGAAACCAUUCUGCCAAUCAUGAACCAGUUCUCUGAGAUCGAGACCUGUGUGGAGUGCUCUGCGAAGAAUCUGAAAAAUAUUUCCGAGCUGUUCUACUACGCUCAGAAAGCUGUUCUCCACCCUACUGCACCACUGUACGAUCCUGAGGACAAACAGCUGAAGCCACAGUGUGUCCGUGCCCUCAGUCGGAUCUUUAGCAUAUCUGAUCAAGACAACGAUCGAAUUCUCAGCGAUGCUGAGCUCAACAACUUUCAGAAAUCCUGUUUUGGGAAUCCAUUAGCCCCUCAGGCUCUGGAGGAUGUGAAAACGGUCGUGUGGAAAAACACCAGCGAUGGGGUGCAGGACAACGGACUGACGCUGAAUGGUUUCCUGUUUUUGAACACACUUUUUAUUCAAAGAGGACGUCACGAGACCACAUGGACCAUCCUGCGCAAGUUCGGCUAUGACGACACACUCGAGCUCACAGAUGACUACCUCUAUCCACAGUUACGAGUACCUGUCGGUUGUACGACAGAGCUGAAUCAUCUCGGUUAUCAGUUCCUCCAGAGGCUCUUUGAAAAGUACGAUGAGGACAAGGACUCUGCUCUCUCUCCAGCAGAGCUGCGGAACCUGUUUAGCGUAUUUCCCUACAUGCCCUGGAGCGAGUCUGUGUACAGCAGUGUCCACACCACGGAGGAGAAUUACAUCUCUCAACAUGGCUACCUCUGCCAGUGGACGUUGUCAGCGUACUUGGACGUCCAUCGGUGUCUGGAGUACCUGGGUUACCUUGGUUAUCCCAUUCUCAUGGAGCAGGAUUCUCAGACGUCUGCGGUCACAGUAACCAGAGAAAAAGUGUUAGAUUUGGAAAAGGGGCAGACACAGCGUUCUGUGUUUCUUUGCAAAGUGAUUGGUCCACGUGGGACAGGAAAGACCGCUUUCCUGCAAGCUUUCCUGGGCCGGAGUCUUGUGAGUGACGAGCGUAAUCCCAGUGCCUUCUCUCUCUACACCAUAAACACGGUCACUGUUGCCAACCAGGAGAAAUACCUAAUCCUGGAGGAAGUUGAUGUGGAAACAGAGUUCCUGAAGACAGCAGAUGCAGCAUGUGAUGUUGCCUGUCUGAUGUAUGAUGUCAGUGACCCAGACUCAUUCAACUACUGUGCUAGUAUAUACAAGCAGCACUACAUGGACCGUGGGGUGCCAUGUGUGGUUGUGGGCUCCAAGGUGGACCUGCCAGAGGUGAAGCAGCAUCACGGCAUGAGCCCUGCCGAAUUCUGCUACAAACACAGGCUCCCUGCUCCACUGCGCUUCUCCACACUGCACACAAACUGCAACACGCACAUCUACACCAAGCUCUCCUGGGCAGCCAUGUACCCGCACCUGAAUGGCUCGGACAUGAGCAGCACUUCCUUCUGGCUGCGUGUGACGCUUGGAGCUGCAAUAGCCACCGUGCUGGGCUUCGCCUUCUACAGAGCCUUCUUCAGACACAAAUAACACACACACUCCAACAACAUUCUUUGAUCAUCUCAUUCUCUUCAGUUGCUGUUUUACUCCUCUUUUUCUCUCUCUGUCUCACACAUAUGUAAAUUCACAUUGUCUGCCUUACCAUGUCAAUUACGGACAGCAUCACCAGGAGACUUUGAGGUAAGCCUCAGCAUGGAGCCCCAGUCUCCAUGGCCACGGUCACCAGGACUUUGGGCAGCUGUAUACGUUCCAGUGGUACAAGUCCCCUCAUACAUACACAGCGGCAGCUGUGAACUUUAUGCUGGAGAAGAAAGCUAGAAGCUUUGUUAACCAAUCUUAUUGUCACCAUUCAUGGUUGACCUUUGACUUGUGUGAUAUUUUUGCCAAAUUGAUUUACAGUUUAACUGAAACCCACACAUACCUAAACAGUGUCAAUGAGAGACAGUGAGAGAGAGACAGAAAUAGAUAGGGCUUGUGUGUAUGAGAGAGAGUGUGAGUGAGGGAUUGAAUUGCACCCUGCAAACAGUGGGAGAGAUGCUGCAAUUGUAUUGAAUUAUUUUAUUUGGGUGGAACCUCCUGGUUGCCAAUUCAACCAGAUAUUCCUUGUGUUAUAUUGAUGACUGACAGGGAAGAAGAAUUUCCCUUGUAUUUUUUUUCCUGAAUGCCAGUUUUGGACCAUCCGCACUUAUCUUACUGUUGUACCUUUUAUAAGAGGCGAAAUGUGUCUCAAAUCAGCUGAGAAAUUUAGGAUUGACUACAAAAGCUAUGGAUGGUUGGACCUUUUAAAGGAGAAUUCUGACAAUUCUUCAGAAUGUUUGCAUAAUUCAGUCAGUGAGAUAUAAACAUAUUCAGAGUGAUUUGAUGUGUUCUUUACAGUGAUGGUGAUGAUAACCAAGGAUCAGGAGGUCUACAAUUUGCAUUUAUAGCAGUUUUAUUUGCUAUCCAAAAUAACAGCCCAUGUGGCUUAGUGUUUAUAUGUAAUGAGAAUGGUAAAUAAUAAACGUUUUCUGUUGGUGCUAUUUUGCCUUACGUCACCCUGCAUUAAAAUUUAUAACCAUUUCAUGUAAUAACUUUCUGUAAGGUACAUUUUAGUGGCAUCAUUUAACUGGUUCACUAUCACUAUGAAUAAUUCUGACUGGGUAGGUUUCUCACAUCAAAUCAGUCUGAAUGAGUUUGUUUACACCUUAUCGAUUGAAAAAUGCCGAUAAUGUUGAAAAGUCAGUGUCUCUAAAACCUAAAGAAAUCUCAAUCAGCUUUUCAACUACAAUGUGGACCUCAUUCAUAUAGCGACCAAGCGCUUUCAGAAUUGAAUCACAUGCAUCAGAUCCCAUCAGGUUAAGGUCUCCACUGUUUAGUGGAGAUGUGCACGUGUAUGUGGAUUGAAGACUGAUAGACUCUUUCUGUGAGAGAUAAUGCCUGUAUGUGUGUGCUUGUGCCUGUGUGAGAGUACAUUUCUAAACUUAAGGACUAAAUUCAGUUUGCUUUUGCCUGUCAUUUUUAUGGAAGCCCACCAGUGAAAUUAUCAAAGUAGUAGUUAUCAAACUAUCCAGUAUUGUUUCUUGGAAUAAUUCCAUAUCUGGCUCAGCAGCCUAGCCUUCCGUUACAUGCAUUGGGUAUACACACACACUUUCGAAUGGUCCAACUGCAGUCCCUUCAGCUUUGCCCCUGGGUUGUGGACAUGUUCUUCCAUGAAAUAUUUAAUUUAAUCAAAGUCAGUAUGUCCUAAGAAAGGUAUUUUGUAAUAAACAUUUUUUUUUUCAUGUGGG